AUGGCGACUCCCGCCGCUUUACCUCCGUUGCCUUUCAAUCCGGGUCGGAUACGAACCUACCUCCUCCGUUUACCGCUGUUCACCCGACUGGUGCUGCUAGUGAUUCUCGCCUUCUGGCUGCUUGAAUUCCAAACAAUUUGGAGCGUUGUGCAAUGGGGUGCUUUAAUUCCGGAGGAGAUUAACCUGGGCACUAUGUACCGACUCAACACUUAUCCCAUCAUCCACACUGGCUUCUUCCAUGCUUUCUUCAAUGCUGUGGCGGUUACACCGCUGCUGGAGCGUUUUGAGGCCGAGCAUGGCACUUUGACUGCUAUUGCGCUGUUCAUUGGACCUCUUUCAACUGUCCCUGCUGGACUCUACAUCUUGGUUGAGAAGUUUGUUCUACACAGAAAUACUUCGGUGGUCGGUGCAAGUAUCUGGGCUUUCCUGCUUCUCGGUUCGGAAGCCAUUAAGACCUACAAGUCUCACCCCAACUUCAGUCUUGGCCCGUACAAGAUUCCCACCUGGACCUCACCCUUGUUCGGAUGUGUCGUUGUAUCUAUCCUCAUCUCGAACGUGAGCUUCCUCGGUCAUCUCUGUGCGAUUCUUGUCGGGUAUCUCCUCGGCCUCGGAUAUCUCAAGGUGUUUGUGCCCCCUGAGAAGGUCCUCCGCUGGAUCGAGGGCAAGCUGAACCUCCUGGGACGCCUACCCCAUUAUGUCUCCGUCGACCAAAAGACCUACGGUCGCUAUGGAGUUCUUCCAACCACUAACCCCGCUGGCGCCAAUGGCAACCAAACACCCAUGACUUCGCCUUCGCGGCAGGGAAAUCCAUCUCCCGAUGGUCACUACUCAAUGGCUUUGAAAUGUGAGCAAGCUGGAAUGCCCCCUGUCCUUCCUGACAGCAGCACCCCAACUAACAAGAUGCAAGCUGCAAUCCGCAAUUUGGGGAAUAACCCCCACCUCAUCUUCGUUCGCCUCCCGAAUCUCCUAUCUUUCAUCUGCAUUAUCGUCGGCGUUGUCUGGCUGCUUCUCCUGCCUCUGAAUGAGUACUCCCGACAGACCUAUAUUUCCGAGAAUGCGCUCCUGCCGGGCCAAGUCCAUGCAUAUUUUACGGGCAGCGAGCAAAAUAUCUUCCGAGGAUAUAAGAAAGAACUGGAAGGAUUGUUGAAUGAUGGACAAGCGAGAGGCGGCCAAAAAGAGGAUGCGGAAGUGACAGCGGUAGUCUCGGACAAGCUGCAGUCAAUCUUGCGAGCGGCGGGCCUCAAAGUUGCCACGCAAAAAUACGAAUACAUCUCUGCUGGGAUUGCGCAUCGGGGAGAGAACACUUAUGCUAUUAUCCAUGCGCCGCGCGGUGAUGCCACGGAGGCAAUUGUGCUAGUCGCGCCAUGGCUGACAGCUGACGACAAGUUGAACCUGAAUGGCGUCACUCUUGCCCUGACAUUGGCGAGAUAUUUCAAGAGAUGGUCACUGUGGUCCAAAGAUAUCAUCUUCCUGAUUACCCCGGACAGUAAAACUGGAACUCAGGCUUGGAUCGAUGCCUACCAUGACAUGCAUCCGGCAUCGGUGCAACCGCUUCCUUUAAAGAGUGGAGCGUUGCAAGGAGCACUAGUCAUCGAAUACCCGUUAGAUCACCGGUUCCAGACGCUCCAUAUUGUAUAUGACGGUGUCAAUGGCCAACUACCCAACCUCGACCUGUUCAACACGGCUGUAGCCAUUGCAGGCGGCCAGAUGGGUAUUGGGGCUAAUCUACAGGAAAUGUGGGGUCAUGACGACAGCUACGAGCAUCGUUUGCAGACCAUGUUCCGCGGUAUGACCAAGCAGGGUCUCGGGUAUGCUACCGGCGCUCACAGCAGCUUUAUGGCGUACCACAUCGACGCCAUCACCCUGCAGACCAAGGGCGAGGGAUGGGAGGACGAAAUGGCCCUAGGCCGGACGAUUGAGUCUCUUUGCCGCAGCUUGAACAACUUGCUGGAGCACCUGCACCAGAGCUUUUUCUUCUACCUGCUCAUGCAGUCCAAUCGUUUUGUCAGCAUUGGAACCUAUUUGCCCAGCGCCAUGCUGAUCGCUGGAAACUUCACCAUCAUGGCAAUUGCCCUCUGGAUCCGCACCGGGUAUUACCCCGAAAGCACGCCAAUCGCCAAGCCCAAGGAUGAGAAGCAGUGCACCGAAGAGAAGGCCAAUACGAUCAGCAUCGCGGAACGACAUCUCGCUCUACCGCUCUCGCUUGUUGUCGGACUUCAUCUGCUCGGCCUUGUCCCGCUCUGGAUUUUUAAUAAUGUCUUCCACCAGUAUUUCACACUUACCACCUACAUAUUCAUCAUUGUUGACAUCAUCCUUCCCCUCUUCCUCGCCGCAAUCCUCUCCAACAGUCUCGGUCUAUCAAAGCCAAUCAUUCCCCAACAGUACCACCUUAUAAAAUCCUUCUCCCUUCUGCUACUAGGCCUCUCUCUCUCCGCCCUCGUCACGCUCAACUUCUCCCUUUCGCUCAUGAUCGGUCUGCUCUGCGCGCCACUUAGCUUCAUCACUCGUCUGCAAGGCUCCGCGCCAUUCCGCUUGACAACUUCCAGUCUCGGUCUGGUGCUUCUCAACUUUAUUUCCCCGCCAACUGUUCUCCUCGGCGUUUGCUGGUACCUGGGGGUCUCCGUCGAGGCUGUCCUUACCCGGGCGGCUUUCGGUUGGGAUGUUUGGGCUCUUCGCAACAUGGCUCUCUUUCGAAUCGACCUUCUUUCGCUAUGGCUUCUCCUAUUCCGUCUCGCGACAGCCGCCACUCCAGUUCCAACCAAAGACGGCUUUUGUUUUAAAUACCUUAUCCAAGGUUAUGAUACCUGUGCCCUGAUUGCCAAAGCACACGACAUCACCGAAGCCGACAUCGAAAGCUUCAAUAAAAACACCUGGGCAUGGCUCGGAUGCGGACGGCUAUAUCAGGGCGACUUCAUCUGUCUCAGCGCAGGGAAACCUCCAAUGCCAAUGGCCCUUCCUCAUGCCACCUGUGGUCCACAAGUGCCCGGAACAACACGUCCAGCACACUGGGCCGAUCUCGCCGGAAUGAACCCAUGUGUCGCGUCUCAGUGUUGUGCUUCCUGGGGCCAAUGUGGUGCCACCGAUCUAUAUUGCCAAAACUACCGUGCACCCCCUGCCGGUCCUACAGCCACCGUGAAAGGAGCGACAGAGGCUCCGAAAUCCACAGCUUCUAGCAAUGCAAAGGCAACCGGGGCCAAGCUAUCCACCGAUACCGGCACCGGUUCAAACCCGACCUCCAACCCCGAUUCCAAUCCAAAUUCCAUGCUCAGCUCUACCACCGUCAAGGCUACGAAAAUCACUACCGCAACUAAGCAAGCUACCACUACAAUCGCAAAAGCAGCCCCUGAACCAAGCGUAUCUCAAUACCCUUGGACGGCACCGUGGGAGAUCACAUUAUACAGUCAAUUGGGCUGCGAGGGCGAUUACUACCAUCUCGAGGGGUAUAAUAAGGAAUUCCUCGAUGACAAAGGCUGCUUGGCGCUCCAUGGUGGUCUCAAUAGCAAGUUCACCGAGACGGGCGUUACCUGUAAAUGGUGGACGGACAAUAGCUUCACAUGGAGUAGUUGUGAUGCGAGCAAGCUUGAGAAACCUCAAUCCUGGAUCCUCAAGAAUGGGUAUUGCUCGGCCUUCAUUCUUGGAGUUCGAGUGAUGAGCGAAGUAGACAUGUAG